UACUCCACUGGUCUGCUGUGGGUCGGUCCCAUAUUAUACAGUCUGUGGUCGGUCCCAUAAUAUACAGUCUGUGGUCGGUCCCAUAUUAUACAGUCUGUGGUCGGUCCCCAUCAGCCCGCAUGGUGACGCUGUGAUGCUGUGAGUCUUCUCAAACUCGUCACCUGAGAUACUUCCGGGUUGGUGGUCUUCCGACAGCAUCUCGUGACAGGUUUUAUUUACCAGCAGCCAAACUGCUGCUGCUGGAGCGAGAGGCGCCGGCUGCUUCAUGGGGCCAGAGUCUGAGCACCACAUGAAUCUAAACUUGCCUUUUCGGAGACAAGUCUUUAGUUAAAGCUGCCGUAAAAGACAAACCAUGUGGAGAGUUCAAGGUUUCGUUGGAAGAGUUCUGCACCGAUGCCAUGGCAGCACCCCCCUGCGACUUCCCCAGAACCAGGGGCAGUCUCAGGGACUGGGGGAGGUUGAGGUCAUCAACAGCUCAGCUGUCCUCUCCAGCUCUCGACACUCCUCUGACAUCAGCUCUCAGAAAGAGGAGGGUGGAGAGAGGAGGAAGAAACAGAGGACCUUUCAGUUUGGCUAUGCUGAGCUUCCACGUUACACAGCCCUGGAUGCUGUGGGAUGGGGUGCUGCAGCAGUUCUGUUCAUGCAGAUCUGCAGGAGGAUCCACUCCCAGUUCUCCUCAAGCACUGAGCCGAAUCCGAUCCCUGGAGCCCUGACAGCACCCUCCACUCUGCACAAGUGUGGCUACCGCAUCCUGCUGGAGAUCUUGUCUAGACGAGACGUCCUGCCCACAGGAAGCAGUGUGUUGUGUCUGCAGGGGGUGCCAGAGAGACAGGACAAAGACCAGUCUCUGAGCAGCAGUUCAGGUGACUCCAGUCUCCACAGCAGCAGUGAACAGGACCAUCUGACUGCUGACUGCUCCCUCUCUGACCAACAGAGGGCACUCCCAAACCAGGAUUCUCCUAUACCCGAAGAACCCCUUCUGUCAGCAUCCUGUACUUUGCAGAAUGAUGCCAACCGAGACAACACAGAGACUACAGACGCUAAUGACAAGGACAUGUUGUCUGAUGAGGAGAGGCUGGCAGGAGCAGCAUUGAAUCUCAGACAUGUGGGCGAAACCAGCAUUCCCGUUAUCCUCAACAUCAUUGGUCUACAAAGUUCCAAGAGUGAGAACUACGAGGAAGCUUUUACAUGUUUUGUAGCUGCAGCUCAGCAGGGUUACGGCAAGGCCCAGUUUAACACGGGUGUGUGCUACGAGACAGGCAGAGGAGUCAGCAAGAACAAAGAGAAGGCUUUGUAUUACUACUGGCAGGCAGCGGUUGGGGGUCACAGACAGGCUCAGUACCGCUAUGCAAAGCUGCUCCUGACCAGCAGGGGGCACCAGAGUUUAGAGGAGCUGAAAACAGCCAUCAGCUUACUGGAACAGGCUGCUGCAGCUGGACUCACCAAGGCUCAGGUCUGCCUGGCCUCGGUCUACACUCAGGAGCCGGUGAGAGACAGGAGCAGGUCUGUCCACUACCUGAAGAUGGCUGCAGAGAGCGGAGACGACACCGCCCUGCUGUUCCUGGGUCAGUGUUUUGAGAGUGGCUUUGGGGUGGAGCAGAAUCUGAGGACAGCGAUUGAAUACUACAAACGAGCGGCUCAAGCAGGCAACAAGCACGCUAAAAGCUUAGUGACGCCUCCUAGUGAUACAUUCAGUAAGGCAGAAGAUGCCGUGUUGCGCUCCAUCCGUUCAGCUCCGUGUUUCUCUGCAGCCGACCGUCGGCUCCAGCAGCGGCUUUCCUCUCUCGGCAGUCGCGUCUCUCCCUCCACCAGUCGCCCCGUCACCCUUCCCCUCCUGCCUCACUCGUGGAGCACCGGGAGCCUGUGUGCCCCCCCGCCGCUGUCCUACACGCCUCUUCACCUCCACCCCAGCAGUGAGGGAGGAGCCUGCCAGUGGACUGUAGGGAUAGGAUAGUUUACUGAGCCAGCACAGGUCCAAAUGAGGAAUGUAUUUCAUAGCGUGAAUGUAUUUUCACCAGAGGAGAAAGGUCAAAGUGUGUUAGGUGUGUACAUAUUGUGAAGUCUGGAUUAGAGUGAAUAGAUUUAUUUACAUUUAUAUAUAUUUUAUACCUUUUUAUAUACUCCUGUAUAUGAGUGUGUAGACAUUAAGGUGUUUAAGAUUUGUGUUUUUGUAAGUCUGAAAGAGUUGUUGGAUACAAGGUCUUAUAUGUAGAAUGAGGAGGUUUUUUUUAAUUAUUUGUUUCUAUUUAGUUCAGUUUUUUUUAUAUUAUAUAAUAUAAGUUAUAUAUGUUCUCCUGUGAGUAAGAAAAUGUGAUCUAGGUGCCUUUGGGUGGGUUGAAGAUGUCAGGUGGAUACUUGUUUCUCUCCCUUCUGAUGUGGCAUUUAUCACGUUAAAAAAAAGGUUUUGAGGUGUGUCAUAAUUGUGCCUGCAAACUGUAUUGCUGGGUUCACACCUCUGAAACUGUCAAAGUGCUUUAAAUUAGUGUCAUAGGUUAACCCUCAAUAAAACCAUUACCAUCUUUGUAAAAGAACAACUAUAGAAGUGACAAAGGGAAAAGCAUUGUGAUAGGCCAACCUGUUAACUUUAAACAUGCCAAAGUGAAUUAUGAUGCACUGUAAGGAGGAUGUUGUUCUGUCAUGGACACAUGCUAAGUAAAAAAAAAGUAAAAAAGUUUUAUGGC